AUGAUGGUGUUGAAUCUGUGUAGACUGGUUGUGGUUCCCUUUGCAACAGGUCCAGAAGCUUCUAUUGCUGAGUUGACCGAUUUUAUUUGUGCUGCUCAAUUAUCAAGGGAGGCAGAUGUUUAUCUACCAGAUGAUGAUCUCAAGCCAAGAUAUAAUGGAGUUAGCAAGAUCAAGAAGAGAAAGUUCUUUGACAUUUGUAAAAAGAAAAAUGAUCCCGAGACAGAGACCAUACGUCUGCCUAACCCAAUGAUAGGAUUUGGUGUACCAUCACUGCAGCACGAGAGUGUUAAUCGAUCUCUUCCUAAUUCAGCGAUUGGCGCUCCUUUCUUCUAUUAUGAAAAUGUGGCUCUAGCCCCAAAGGGAGUCUGGGACACUAUUUCAAGGUUUUUGAAUGACAUUGAACCCGAGUUCGUUGAUUCUAAGUAUUUUUGUGCUACGGCGAGGAAAAGAGGCUAUGUUCAGAACUUACCGGUUCAAAACAGAUUUCCUCUUGUUCCUCUUCCCCCACUCACCAUCCAGCAAGCAUUUCCCUUGUCGAGAAAGUGGUGGCCCCAAUGGGAUGCUCGAGAAAAACUGAACUGCAUUCGAACUGCCAUUGGGAGCGCAAAACUAACUGAGAGAAUUCGCAGUGCUCUUGAGAGAUUUGAUGGUGAUCCGCCUACCUCUGUGCAAAAGUCUAUUCUUGACGAAUGCCGCAAAUGGAAUUUGGUUUGGGUAGGGAGGAACAAGGUUGCCCCUCUAGAGCCCGAUGAAAUGGAAAUGUUAUUGGGGUUCCCGAAGAACCAUACAAGAGGAGGUGGGAUAAGUAGGACUGACAGAUAUAAAUCACUGGGUAAUUCCUUCCAGGUUGACACUGUGGCGUACCAUCUCUCGGUCCUCAAGGACAUGUUUCCAGGCGGCAUAAACCUUUUAUCCCUUUUUUCUGGAAUUGGCGGUGCAGAAGUAGCACUUCAUCGACUAGGAAUUAAAUUGAAGAAUGUAGUUUCAGUUGAGAAGUCCAAAGUGAAUAGAGAUAUAGUUAGGAGUUGGUGGGAGCAGACAAAUCAGACUGGAAAUUUAAUUGACUUCGAUGACGUCCAGGCAUUGGACGGAGAGCGACUCGAGGAAGUAAUAAGUUAUGUUGGUGGUUUUGAUCUCGUCAUCGGUGGAAGACCUUGCAACACUCUCGCCGGUAGCAACAGAGUGAGCAGGGACGGAUUGGAAGGCAAGGAGUCAUCACUCUUAUAUGAUUAUUUUCGUAUUUUAGACUUGGUCAAGUCUAUUAUGCAUAGGCCAGCUUAA